GAGCAGAAGCAAUGUAAAUCACAAUUAACUGAACUUGAAGAAAAAAGCGUUCACAUUCGCAACCAAAGGUUGUCUUGGGAGGGGGAUCUACGAAGAAACCAAGAAGACGUUGCACGUAAUGAAAAUCUCUUGCAACAAUUAAGGGAGCAGAAGAGUAACAAUCUUAAGAUUUUCGGUCCUACGAUUCCGGAUGUACUUAAAGCUAUUAAUGGAGAGCAUAGAUGGAAUAAGAAACCUGUGGGACCUUUUGGAUUAUAUAUGAAAUUAUUAAAUCCUGAAUGGAGUGAUACUCUUGAAUCUGUGAUUGGUAAUACUUUAAGCACGUUUGCUGUUAAUAACCAUAGAGAUCAAAGGCUUUUGGCGGACAUCAUGAAAAGAUUUAAUUGUAAUUCUCCAAUUAUUAUCGGUGAAGAUGAUAAUUUUGAUUAUACGCAGGGAGAACCUGAUAAACGAUUUCUUACUAUCUUACGAGCAUUAAAGAUCGAUGAUGAAAAUGUUAAACGUCGUCUUAUAAACAAUAAUCGAAUUGAAUCGAUAAUUCUUGUUGAAAAACGUGCGGAGGCCGAUAUAAUAAUGCAUAAUAACGGGAAUGGGUUUCCUCGUAAUGUUGAGGGAUGUUAUACAAUCGAUGGAUAUAAAGUUGGUCAUAAAGGCGGUGGUUUUUCAACACAAUCUAUCAAUAGAUAUAGAGGACCAGCUAGAUUUAAACAAGAUAUUGAUGGCCAAAUUCGAGAUGCAGAAAGGAAAUUAUCGGAUUCUAAAGAGACGAAUAGUCGUUACAAGGUUGAAUUGGAAAGAGCUGAAUUUGAACUGAAUAAAGUAAAUGAUGAAAAAAAAGCAUUAUUGCGUAAAAUCCAAGAUGAUAAUCGUGAAUUCAAAGAAUUAAAUAAUCAAAUUUUACAAUUAAAAGAAGAUCUACAGCAAGACGAACCAGCAAAUAUUGCUGCUCUUGAAGAAGUCAAAAAAGAAACUGAGCAUGAAAUUGAAAUGUAUAAGGGACAAUACGUCAAUAUUCAAAGAAAAAGAUUACAAUUAACCGAUGAACAUGAACCUUUAGUGAAUGAAUUCGAAGACAUUCAACAAAGACUGGAUGCAUUAUCAAGUGAAGCCGAAAGUCUUGGUGCUAAUAUUGAAGAAAAAGUUCGAACACGAGUAAAGAGCGAAAUGAAUAAAAAACAUUGGGAAAACAAAUUAGCGUUAGAAAAAGAGAACAUUGCCACUGCUUCAUCCGAAGUUGAAAAAAAAAAGCUAGUUCUGGAGGAAUGGACAAAGCAAGCGAGAGAUUAUUGUCCUGAACGAGUUGAAGUAACUAAGCCAGCACAUGAACUAGAUCGUGAGAUAAAACAAUUUCAGGCUCGACUAAGAGAGAGAGAGAAAAAACAUGGUGCAAGUCUCGAAGAAAUCGCAUCAGCUAUGGCUGCUACGUGCGAUGCCUAUCGUAAUGCAAAACAUGAAAUCGAACAUAUGGAGAUAUUCGUCAAAGAUCUCAAAUCUGCUUUGCAAGAUCGUAUGUCCAAGUGGCGUAAUUUUAGAACAUUUAUUGCUGUUCGUUCUAAGAUACAAUUUACAUAUCAGCUAUCUAAACGAGGUUAUUCAGGAAAAUUAAUGUUUGAUCAUCCAAAUAAAAAAUUGUCCUUACGAGUUCAAAUUGAUGACCAAAUAGGUCAAGGUAGUGAUAAAGAUCCAAAAUCUUUAUCUGGUGGAGAAAAAUCAUUUUCUACCAUCUGUUUAUUGUUAGCUCUUUGGGAAGCUAUGGGAUGUCCUAUUCGAUGUCUUGAUGAAUUCGAUGUUUUCAUGGAUGCUGUAAAUCGUAGGAUAAGCAUGAAAAUGAUGAUCGAAACAGCACGUGAAGCAGACUGCACACAAUAUAUUUUAAUUACUCCACAGGACGCGAGCAGCGUUUCACCUGGUCCUGAUGUUCGUGUACAUAGGUUACAAGAUCCUGAAAGAGGUCAAGCAACUUUAAAUGUUGACCCGUGUGUGACUGAUUCUUAA